AUCAUGUGUUCCAACACAGGUUUCCACCAUCUCCGCUGAAGUAAAUACGGUAGUAACUUGCGGGCCUUUCGCCAGUCAAGCUUGAUACGAACAGAUAUGAAGUUGUUAUUGUCGUUGGUACUAGCGUUAGUCGCCUUCUAUCAGCUGGUGACCGCACGAUCAGCCACCAGUGAAGCCGAGUGCACUGCGCUGGAGGAUUUUCUCGAAUGUGGAAAAUGCUGUGAGAAUACCUGCACGUUGAAUUGUGCCGUCGUUAGGUGCUAUAAGGGCUGCGUACCCGGAUGCUUUUGUCGGUUCGGAUACGUCCGUGAUAAGAAGUCGAACAAGUGCGUGAAAGAAUCCCGGUGUAUUACAACCAGAGACCAGUGGCAAUAUCUACCCAGCAAAUGAAAUGAAUACAAUCCUAUUUCAUGGAUGUUAACUGCAAAAUUUGCUUAA